AUGCCUACUACUGAUCGAGCAGUGACCUCUCCCGACCACAAUCCAGACAGCAAAUCGUUGAGCUCUGUCAAUGUCGAUAGAACAGACUCACUUUCUCCCGAAGUCAUCCAUACACAGGCAAAGAGAAGAUGGGUCUCAUACCUAUGGGAUACUUUGGACAAGUCACCAGAAGAGAGGCGGUUUCUGUUCAAACUCGAUGCAGUGCUUCUUUCAUUCGCUUCGUUGGGAUAUUUUAUCAAGUAUCUAGACCAAGUCAACAUCAAUAAUGCUUUCGUUUCUGGCAUGAAGGAAGACCUCAACUUAUUCGGCAAUCAGUUGAAUUACAUGCAAACGUGCUGGACGGUAGGAUACGUCAUUGGGCAGAUUCCAAGUAAUAUCUUAUUGACUCGUAUUAGACCAUCAAUAUGGAUUCCAACAUGCGAAGUCGCCUGGUCCGUGUUAACAAUUCUCAUGGUCAAAUGCAACAAUGCGCAACAGAUUUACGUGUUGCGAUUCUUCAUUGGACUUGCUGAAAGUACUUUUUACCCUGGGAUGCAAUACAUCAUUGGAUCGUGGUAUCGUAAAGAUGAAUUGGCCAAAAGGUCUUGCAUCUUUCACACCAGUAGCGCUAUUGGUACAAUGUUCUCAGGUUAUCUUAUGGCUGCCGUCUAUCAUCUUGGAGGUAAGGAUGGAUUCAAAGGCUGGCAAUGGCUAUUCAUCAUCAACACAGUCAUCUCUCUACCAAUUGCUCUGGCCGGAUACUUUAUGAUACCCGACGUCCCUGAGAUUACACGAGCAUGGUAUUUUACGACGGAUGACAUUGCGAUUGCCCAGAAAAGAAUGCAGCUUGAGGGCAGAGCAAACCGUGCCCCAUUCACCAAGGCGAAAUUGAAGAAGAUAUUUUCCAGUUGGCAUAUCUAUUUACUCACAUUGCUAUAUAUCUUCUUCAAUAAUGGAAAUGGUGCCGCUUCCCAGCCUGCCUUUCAACUAUGGCUCAAGAAGGAAGGAUACAGCGUUACGCAGAUCAAUACAUACCCCACAAUCACCACGGCUAUUACAGUUGUUACUACAUUAAUCUAUGCAUGGACUUCGGAUACGGUAUUCAGAGGAGAACGCUGGCCACCAAUCGUCUUUGCAGGUAUCAUAAGCAUAAUUACUAAUGUCAGUCUUACGGUAUGGAACAUUCCUGUUGGUUGGAAGUGGGCCUGCUUCUUUUUGGCUGGAUUUGGUGGAGGUAUCAGUGGCCUAACAUUUGCUUGGGCCCAUGAAAUUUGCACCGAUGAUAAUGAAGAGCGAGCACUGGUAACAGGAUCAAUGAAUGAAAUGGCUUAUGUGGUCCAAGCAUGGCUGCCACUACUGAUCUGGCAGCAAGUCGAGGCUCCGGAGUAUCCAAAAGGGUAUCCAACAUCUAUUGGAAUUGCUGUUGGAAUGAUAACAAUGGCAUUUUGGAUAAAGUAUGCACAUGGACGGGAGAAACGGAGGAAACAAGUCCUAGAGGAUGAGCCAAGUUUGGGGGAUCUCGACUGA